AAGGAGAUAAAUGAGGCUGUUGCUCUAUAAUCUUCUGGGAGCAAAGGCAAGGUGACUCACUGCUCAGAAGGAGAAUUUGGAUGAGAACUGUCCCCUGCCACACUAGGUAAUUCCAACACGACACCGAGGGCCAGCCAAGCCACACGUGUCACAAGAAGACAGACAUGGCCACUGAGCAAGCUGAACAUCACCCAAAUGCUACUGCCCACCUCAACUUUGCUGCAAUCUACAAUCUCCACGAUGGGGAUUUCACCUCCUUGCGAAACUUCUCCUUCCCUUUCAAUUUCAGUUACAGCGAUUACGACCUGCCGCUGGACAGUGAAGAUGACAUGACCAAAACUCGCACCUUCUUUGCAGCCAAGAUUGUGAUUGGGGUGGCUCUGGUUGGCAUCAUGCUGGUCUGUGGCAUCGGCAACUUCAUUUUCAUUGCUGCUCUCACACGCUACAAGAAGCUGCGAAACCUCACCAACCUGCUGAUUGCCAAUCUGGCUAUCUCAGACUUCAUCGUGGCCAUCGUGUGCUGCCCCUUCGAGAUGGACUACUACGUGGUGCGGCAGCUGUCCUGGGAGCACGGCCACGUCCUCUGUGCCUCGGUCAACUACCUGCGCACUGUCUCCCUCUAUGUGUCUACCAAUGCUCUCCUGGCUAUAGCUGUUGACAGGUAUCUGGCCAUUGUUCACCCCCUGAAGCCCCGCAUGAAUUAUCAAACAGCAACCUUCCUCAUUGCCUUGGUCUGGAUUGUCUCCAUACUUGUAGCUAUCCCAUCUGCAUACUUUGCUACUGAAACAGUAUUAUUUAUAGUGAAAAACCAAGAGAAAAUAUUCUGUGGCCAAAUUUGGCCAGUUGACCAGCAGAUAUACUACAAAUCAUACUUCCUUUUCAUCUUUGGCAUUGAAUUUGUGGCACCUGUGAUUACCAUGACCUUGUGUUACGCCAGGAUUUCUCGGGAGCUUUGGUUUAAAACCGUCCCAGGAUUUCAGACAGAACAGAUCAGAAAGAGGCUUCGAUGCAGAAGGAAAACUGUUAUGGUACUGAUGUGCAUCCUGACAGCCUAUGUUCUCUGCUGGGCACCUUUCUAUGGCUUCACAAUUGUCCGGGACUUCUUUCCCACCACCAUUGUGAAAGAGAAACAUUAUCUCACUGCCUUUUACAUAGUUGAGUGCAUUGCCAUGAGUAACAGCAUGAUAAACACCAUGUGUUUUGUAACUGUGAAGAAUAACACCAUGAAGUACUUCAAGAAGAUCAUGUUGCUCAGAUGGAGAUCAACGUAUAAAGGAAGCAAAUCUAGCACGGAUUUGGACCUGAGAACAAGUGCAAUGCCAGUCACAGAGGAGGUAGACUGCAUAAAACUGAAAUAAGUUUUCUGCAGUUCUAAUCUCACCUCUUUUGCAAAGGGAGUAAAGAGGAAAUAAUGCCCCCUCAGAUGCUUCUCCCCUGUGUGGGAAUACCCACCAUAGCCCACCAUGAGGGCCCUCAAAAGGCAGCCUGCUCUGCAUUCCUAUCAGAACUCUUCUCACUAGACUGCUGGAUAAUC